AUGGCGUCCACCGGCCCGUCCGCCGCCGCCUCUGUCGUCCCAUUGACGGCGCCCUCUGGCGCGGCUCCGCCGCCGGUGUCCUACGACGCGGCCCCGCUCCGUUGGCGCUCUCCAGCCACUCCCGCUACGGGCCCUCUGGCGCGGCUCCGCCGCCGGCGUCCUACGAUGGGGCCGCGCCACCGCCGGCGCUCUUCGGCCAGUCCGUCGCCGCUGGCACCGCCUCUGCCCGUCGACCCUUUGCUGUUGUGUGGGGCGUUUGACGCGCCCGUUCCCACGUACGGGAAUCCUACGUACGGGGCUCCGCCCGUGUACGGGUCUCCGCCCGUGUACUGGUAUCCCGGGUAUCGGUGGGGGUCGUCAGUAGGCCAGCACUCGCAGCAGCCUGACGGCGCCCGGUACCUGCAGCAUCUGCCAGCGGACCAGCAGGUUUUUCCGGCAGGCCAUCCGGCCUACCCGGCACCGCAGUCGCAGCCGGGGCUGCUACCCAUACCAUAUGGAGAGUACCCACCGCCGCAACCGAGCGGCGGCUACGGCCUUCCCAUGGCGUCUCCGUCCCCCUCGCCGGCCCUGCCGCCGGCGCCCUGGGACCCGGUGCUCCUCCCCGCAUUGCAUGCCGCUCCUACGCCGAAUAACUACACUGGAGGUGGCGAUUGA